AUGGCGGUGGGGGGAUGGGUGGCAGCGUGGCCGCGAGAAGGGCAUGCUUUUGCAGCGGUGGCCGGCCUUGUCGUUGCCCUGCUGCUCCUGUUUGCUCCGCAAGUCGUCGUACCCAAACCAGUUGUCUGUGAGACCAAUGUUAAGGUGUUAACUUUGAAUGUGACGGACAUCCCAAUUGACCGGAACUUUGCGGAUUCAUUUGGAGCUGGACUAGAGGCGGCACUCUGGUGGCGCAAUUUCACUGUUGCUGACGGUGUUCAUGUAGAGAUUGUCAGGAAGGUCACCACAAUGCUAACAAGUGGAGCGGUGAUAGAAGAAGCGUUGAAAGCCGAUAGUAAUAUUCUUCUUGUGGCAGGCGUCAUCGGUGAUAUGACCGCUGCGAUCUCUCUGCCCGUAAUUGUGCGACAUGGCCUUGUCUCGUUUGCCCCGUUCACUGGAUCGAGUUUGGUGCGUGGGUGGAACCCCAACAUGUACUUUGUGCGUGCCGAACCUGCGGUUGAGCUCCUGGCACUCCUCCGCUACGCCUUGGCCCACCUGCGGGUGCAUCGGCUGGGCUUCAUGUACCUGAAGGGAGUUUUCUUUGGUGAAAGGGAGUAUGCG